GCACGAGGAAAAUCCACCCAAUGCCCGUCCUCUUCUCACACACGCCAUAGCGUAAAGAAGAGAAAGAGAGAGAGAGGAGUUCUGGUCUUCCCUGCUUCCAUAUCCAUCAAGUCUCAACCACUCCAGUCAGAGGGGAGGAAAUCACAAGAGGCCGUGUUCGUGCUGCUGCUUCUGCUUCUCCUCGGUCUUGGCGUGGUUUAUCGGGGAUUUGACCGUGCCGACGCGAGACGGAUGUGCCGACAAAAGCGCCUGCCCUGAAGUUGGAUACCGAAAACUGAGCGAAAGGUUUACUCAUACCUAGCACCUCAAAGAGGAGCGCGGAGACGAGAGCGGGAGCCCCGUGUUUUGCUGCGUUCGGAGCACCAUGAAGCUCCCGUGCUGGAUGGCGCUCACGCUGCUGCUGCUGGCGCAGACUGCACUGGCACAGCGUCGCACAAUUCGACCAAGCGAUGAUGAGAGUUCUGGAGAUGGAUUUUACGACGACGAGGACUUAUUCUCCGGAUCUGGCUCUGGCUUUCCAGAUAUGGACGUUAGACCAACUGCAGCAGGUGUGCCUGUCACUACAGAAGAGCCCCUCCCACUUUCUACCACACAGGCUACUGGCCCCGCCCCCUCGGCCUCUCCAGCCGCAGAGCCAAGUAGCCCACCUCCAGCAGAGGUAGAGCGCGAAAGCGGCUUGGGACAAGAUAUACACCCAGACAGCAAAUUAGAGAUUGGAAAGUGGGAGGAGGAGCUUGCCGAGGAAGUGAGGCGGUUGAAGGAACAGGAUAAAGAACGAGAAUCUGAAAUCUCUGCUGAUAAAGUACAAGACGGAGAGUGGGAGCAAGAGAGGUCGAAAGCUACGGUUGCCCCCCGGCUGACUGAUGUUCCUAUAGUGUUGGUGGACUCGUCCACCGCUCUGGAUGAGACUACAAUGGCCACUAGUGAACCGGAGGACCUCCCCACCACAGAAGAAGAGGAUGAUCUAUACAUUACAACAGAAACUAUCAUGUUAGAGCCAUCCAGCACACCAGAGACGACAACAGAGGACAUCACAACCACUGAGGUCAUCCCAACCACCGUUGCGUCCACAACUGCUAAGCCAACCAGACCACGUCCUGCCCUGACUACUCCAAGCACUGCCCCCGUGCGACCCCGGAAACCACACACUACCCCCAGUAGAGCCGCCCCAACUGAGAGCAGCACUCGUUCAGUGAUGACCACAACACAGACACAAACACCAGAUGAAACUGUAAAUAAUGAAGUUGCAGGACCAGGUCCAAGUGGUGAUUUUGAAAUCCGCGAUAAUGAAGGUCACCAAGGCAACGAGCUCGGGAGAGGCAAAGGGGCGCCUGACAUGGCAGGAGGACCAGAUCUGACGGGAAACACAGUAGAUGCUGCUGGAAGUUCAGCUGCUCAGCUUCCACAGAAGAACAUCCUUGAGAGGAAGGAAGUUUUGAUAGCGGUGAUUGUCGGAGGUGUAGUCGGAGCGCUCUUCGCAGCAUUCCUCGUAAUGUUACUCGUCUACCGGAUGAAAAAGAAAGACGAAGGCAGCUACACAUUGGAGGAGCCUAAACAAGCCACCGUCACCUACCAGAAACCGGACAAGCAGGAAGAAUUCUACGCCUAACGUCCAUACGUUCAUCCUCCUUCAUCUCUCCAACCUUGUCCCGUCUCUAUCUGACCCCCCCCUCCUCCUUUCUUUUCAUCUCACCUCUUUUCCUUUGAUUCCUUUCUUCCCUCGUUUCCCCAUGAGAGUGCCUCUCAUUCCACGGACUCGGAACUUUCUUUUCCAAAAAACAAAAAAACUGAAAAAGAUCAAUGUAGAAAAAAAAAUGGGUGGGGCUUGGGGUGGGAGGGGGCGGGUCCUGAGAGGGCGGGGCGUGAGUCUACACAUACACAGAGAAGAAAAAACUUUUUUAAGAACAUGUUAUUAUUGAUAUGUUUAGGAUCGUUGUUCUAUGAAAUUAUGACCUGAAUCUUUUUUUUUGUAAAGACACUGCGUUUCAGAUGUGUUUCCUGCACAAUAUAAUGGGAGUAAAAAAAAAAAAAAAAAAAAACACAGCAUGAAAAAAUGAGGGAGAGGGAAAGAACACAGAUGGGGUCAUGGAGGGAUUGCGAAAGUCAGGCGAGAGAUGCAGGCAGAAGUAGAGGAGGAAUUUGGAGUCCGUACUCGAAAUGCUCUGUCACCAAGGUCAGUGAUCCAGCGUUGUGUGGUGCCUUCCAUUUCCCUGGUGCUAGAAACAGAGCUCAAGCAGAGCGAGUACGUGUGUGUGUGCCGGCGCAUAUGUGUCCGAUUGUAUGUCUAAGGUGCCCUUGUGACCCCAUCCUAGACUCGCGCGCGCACACACGCACAGGUGCACACACACUCAUCCCGACUCCCUCUGCUGGUGAGAGCGUGUCAGCACGAGCACGAGCAGGAGCAGGGGGCCCGAAACACGUACACAGCAGCACAUUAAAAACACAGAAGGUUUGCUGUGAGGGAGCGCAUGCAUAGAAUCAGAGGACUAGCCUCUCCUCUGCUCUGUAUAAAGACUUUAGUAAUCAUUAGUAAUAAUCAAUAAUAUAUCAGCAGCUCAGAAUGGAAGGAAAAUGGUGAUCAUAAUAUUCGUAGUGAAGGAUAUUAUCUAUUUAGCUGUGCAGUAAGGUUUUAUCGGUGUAAAUAUCAACUCGACGACUUUUUAUUUUUGUCAAGCUUUUAACCAUGCUAUUGUAGAAAAGAAUUAAACACGCUCAGACACACAUGCUAAUUUUUCCGUUAGAGAAAUGCUGAAAACUGCUUUAGGUUUAUUAGCAUUUCGCAAAUCAUGGUUUUUGUUUUGAAAGCACAAUGUUAGUCUCUCACAUUUCCACUCGCAUACACUCCACACAAACAACCCUGAUGGACGGACAUGCUCAAGAUGAUGAGGAACUUGUAAAGGGGACAUUAUCGCUGUGGGUAGGUGAACGCAAACGUAAUGGUUUGGGAGAAAAAUAGCGUGUCUAACAUUAAGACAUCCGAGCUGAAAGCCUUUAAAUAGUGUCGUUUGAGUGAUAGCUAGUCUUACUAUCACUUUUUUCCUAUGUUGUUUUGUUUUAUUUGAUGUUUAUAUGUCGGGAUACGUUAAAUUCAUAAAAAAAUGACUAGAAAUGCAUGAAUUAGCAAUAACAAGCUAUCAACAACAGACUCUGUGGUUGACAUGCUCAGAAUGUAUGUGACAUGUCAUGUGGUGUGAUGUCAGUGUUACUCGCAGCUGUAGCACAAGAUGUUAGCAAAACGCUGAAACGACGACAACUUGUCUUAACACAUAUCAUUUUAAAUAUCUGAACAUGUACUAUAUCGAAUCUGGGACGGCUUGUGCACAGUAUCAGCACUCCGUCCAUGAAAUUUCUUUUUUAUAUCCACUGUAAUGGAGAAUUAUAACUUACCCCACCCCAUUUAUACAUAUACAUAUCGCUGAGGGUAAAGCUGCCAUAACACUGAAACGUGACAUCAACUAACGCUUCCUGUUACAUCACAAAUCAUGCGUUUGAAAUGCAUGGUGAUGAUAAUUUAAACUCAAGCAUAUUCGACUGAGUGUACUAGAGCACAUUCAAGAUUUUUGGCCGGUGGGGGGAAUCUUGAGACCCUUACGGGGUGGUCGUACAUCAGUCUACGAUUGUAAUGCCACACCUGUGCAACAGUACCUGUAGCUUGAAUACUGUACUCUGUCCUGACAGUGUGCGUGAGUAUGUAUGUGUGAAUAUCAGCUUGUUUUAAUGCAUCUGCAAGUGUGUUUCGCUCCCCAGUUUGUUCUUCCGUUGUGGGGACGUAUUCUCCUCUCCCUGCACUUAAAUUGCUAUGUGACACUGACAAUUGCACAAACACACAAAACAUGUUACAUAGCAUCACAGCCUCGGCCUUGUAAAUAGGACCUAGAGUGAUUUCUGACCCAUCACAGCACACCUUUAAUUAAAUUACUAUAAGGGCCAGUCUCCUGGACACUGAAUAAACGUUACAGACCGAUAAUCGGUUUGACCAGUAUUUUUUGGGGGGUUUGUUGUUGUUUUUUUUAACCAAUAUUCACAUUUCUACUUGGCUGUCUGUUGUUUAAUAUUCAGUCUACUAAAUAAGUACACAUCUAGUAGAUGUCUAAAGAACAGAAGCGAUGCCGUUACACCACUAUAUGUUCACAUGUAAAAUAAAGAGUUGUAAAUGUUUGCAUAAUUAUGUCAUUUUUUACAUAAAACAAUGAGAAACAUGAAGCAUUUUAAGCUUGAGACUUAGACCAUAAUAAUGAUGAAAAUUAACUUGUGACUGAUCUCAAAACAACUAAACAGAAAUAAAUAAAUAUAUUGCAAUAUAUUAUUGAGGAAAAUAAUUAUAAUGCAUGUUUUUAGUAGUGCUGUCAAAUGAUUAAUUGCGAUUAAUCGCAUCCAAAAUAAGUUUUUGCUCGUUUACAUAAUAUAUGUGUGUGUGAUGUGUAUAUUUAUUAUGUAUAUAAAUACACACACACACACACAGUAUAUAUUUAGAAAAUAUUCACAUGUAUUUAAAUUUGUAUAAUUGAUAUUAUAUAUAAAUAUUUUUAAUAUAUAAACAUAAUGUUUUUCUUAAAUGUAUACAUGUGUGUGUGUAUUGAUAUAUAUAAAUAAAAAAUAUACACCGUCCACACACAUUAUUUAAAUAUAAACUUAUUUUGGAAUGCGAUUAAUCACAAUUCAUUUGACAGCACAUUUUUAUUUAAUUACUUUGUCAAAAACAUAAAUGGUAAUCAAGGAGUGAAACCCAAAAUAACCUUCAUUUAAAAAAAAAAAUUAUCUGUUAGUUCACGAUUUGUCUUUAGUUGUGUCUAAGAGACUGGCUUUAACAAUCAAUACUCACGAAACCUCAGCAAUCAUUAGUGUCUAAUUGGAAUAUUGACUUGAAUAAUGUAAAUCAAUUGCUUACAUGCUAAACUUAUAGUUGCAAGCCUACAAUUAGUAUGUGAAAUUCAGGUAUUAAGACGUGAUGAUUGUUUAAAAUUUUUUUGUACAAAAAAAAAAAAGCUGUUGGUGCUGGAGGUUUAAUAUUUUGGUCAUUCACAGCUUUCACCCCCACCACUCCUACAAUCGAAUCUUGUGAGCAACACAUUCACAUGUCCUUGUGAAGCCCCCCCACUUCCCAACAACAAACAUGCACCUGUCCAUUCAGGACCGUCUGGAGGUCACUGUGUGUUAACGUUAUGGACGUCAGUGGAACUUUGAGUUUGCAUUGCGGUCUUUUCUACUCAUUUCUACCUGUAAUCUGUCACUCUUUCUAUUCAUAGCCAAAAACGAGGCGGGCCUUCCUGUGUCUGUGUGCCAAUCACAGACCAGCGCGGUCCUGGUCUGACGGUCGCCCAGCGUGGUUUUAUACAUGCACAUUUUUUUAAAGAACUUGUUUUGUUUUUUGUUUUUUGUUUUUCUCAUUGGUUGAUUUGUGUAUAAAGAGGCAAAGUUCUGUCACUAAUAUGCCACUCUAUUCUAAAUAAAACCUGAUUGGUUA